GUGGAUGACAGUAUGAAGAACACUGGUCUUUUAUUCUUUGUUAUGAGAACCACAAGACUGAUCGUGGCAAUGUUUGUGCUGUUUGCGAUUUGCAAACCAGCUGUCGCCAACGUUGGAAUCAAAGGUGCGCAAAACAUAGCGCCGAACUGCGAAAGAAAAAUUUUGGAACUUUGUAAGAACGAUACUGCUGGUACGCUAGAAGAGGUCCUUGUAGAUCCUCGCCGGUGCCGAGCCACUUGCACUUAUAAACCUGACCCCAAUAAAGACACGCGUGUAUCUGGUGGUGUUAUUACCCGGGAUCGUAAUUAUGAAGAGGUUCGUCUGCCAGAAGGAAUGCCGUGCGCUUUUUCGGCGAGAUGCGACAAGGACGGGAACUGCCAUUGCAAGUUCUGCGAUGAAAAGAGAAGUACUAAAGAGCCAAGAUAA